UUAUUUCGAGCUGUCAAAGUGUUUAGUAUAGUAAUGAGCUUGCUCUCGCCAUGUCUUGUGGUUUAUACAGGCGCUAUUCGCGAGGUCGCAGGUUUUUAUAUGAAGAAGAAGUUCAGAGACUUGUUGAAGGAGAAGAGCGGGUGAAAAGAAAGAUCAUUUCAACCAUUCCAGUGGAUGACAGCUAUCGAGGCUCUCUCGCUAAGGCCUCUAACCUAAAGGAAACGCUCUCAACAGUUAAGCAGUUUGGUUCGGGUGUAUGUCGAAUCGAAGUUGUUCAAGAGAAUGGCCUUAGUUAUGAUGGAACCGGUUUUUAUUUCGGUGAUGGAUGGAUUCUCACUGCAGCUCAUGUUCUUCGAAAUCGUGAUAAAGUUAACAUGGCAAGAUUCGUUUUCUUUCCGCCAGAAAUGGAAAUUUCUUUUGAAGCAAGACCUCGGAGAGCGAUAGUUCAUCGCCUACUUCCCGCAGGUAGAAGGCCAGAUUAUCAUAACCGGGACAUUGCCUUGGUCAAACUUGGCAUUCAAUUCACUUACGGGAGAAAAAGAGAUGAUUUAGAGGAAUGGGAAAUAGACGAACAGCAACUUCUCGAGCAAUUCAAUUUCUUUGACUUCAGCUCGCUGGUGAAGAACACAUUUACUCCCUCUGGUGAUGUGCAGUUUAGCUUGAGACGCACGGAUCCACUAACCCUUAUUCAUUUUGGAGGCGCGCAGAAUAACUAUAAGAAAUUUGAGUUCGAUAUCGCAAUGUACGAGGUCUACAAGUAUACACAAUACAAAGUAAUCAACUUCGCUUUUUCUGUUGAGAGCGGCGCAUCAGGUUGCCCUGUGAUCCAGCUUGUAGGCGGCGAGCAGUGGAUUCUGGUGGGUGUGUUAUUUGCCGGUGCAACACAUGAAAAUGAGGCCAGUUCAAUCAUUGCAGGUCAAGCAUUGGUGUGGAACCAAGAGGUUCUUCAACACAUUGAAGCUGGUCGGGAAGCUGUCGGAAAAAUGUCCAGUUUCAAGCCAUAUAAUGUUCUUAUCCCAUUCUCUGAGAGAGCUCAACUUGCGUCAGAAAGCAGCGUUAAGAAAGCCGCUGAUCUCGCCAUAACACAUCGAAUCUUGAUUUUGUAAUCCUCCUUUGACAUCAACCAAAGUUGUAUUAGCUUGACGCGAUUAUGCGAGGUUUCAAAUGUUAUAAACAGUCGGUAUUGUGUCCAAGUUACCCGUGCGGUCUGAUAUACAUUUAGAAUGACCAUGAUCUAGAUAAUUUUCUUUUGUUUCAGGAUAAUGUUAACGCGUUCUCGAAACGAUCAAAUAAAAAGCUUGUGCCGGUGAACGCAUUUACUCAGGAAGUUUACAGUGAUGAAUUGACAAGAUAAAAUCCACUAUACAACAAAGUUUGAAGAUACUACAGUUGGGACAUUUUACGAACAAUUUGCCGACAGGACUAACAAUACCAAAAUAACUAACGCGGGAACCUGCUGUACCUACAAUAGUGGUGGGAUUACUGUAUCGACUCAAUUUAGCACCCUAAACUCAUUCACCUCCAUGCUUCUUUGGUGAGGAGCGAGUUGAGCGGACAUCUCUUGGAAAGGAGAGUGAUGGCUUCCACCCAUUUUAAAUCCAAGACUUUUAGUAAUCGGUUUCACAUGUUCAUAUGCAAAAGGACGGCAAAUGUACUUAAAACAACAAAUACCUGACUGUCAAAUAACCAAAUAUAUGAAAGCAGGUGCAUUUUGUAACUUGCAAGCUGAAAUCUUUGAAUUCUGCAUAAAGUCUAGAAAUUCGAA